AUGCCUCUUCAGGAGUGGGCCAUGGCUAGGACAUGGCUGUUGCUUCUUUUGGGCUUCAGGUGUCAGGCUCUACCUUCAGGCAUCACUGGCACCCCCUUUCCUUCUCUGGCUCCACCCAUCACACUGCUGGUAGAUGGAAGGCGGCACACGCUGGUGGUUUGCCUGGUCCUUGAUGCAGCACCCCCUGGCUUUGACAACCCUGUCUGGUUCUCAGCUGGCAAUGGCAGUGCCCUAGAUGCCUUCACCUAUGGGCCCUCUCCAGCACCGGAUGGCACCUGGACUAGCCUGGCCCAGCUUUCCCUGCCCUCUGAAGAGCUGGAAGCCUGGGAGCCCUUGGUCUGCCACACCAGGCCUGGGGCUAGGGGCAAGAACCGGAGCACACACCCCCUCCAGCUGUCAGGUGAAGCCUCCACUGCCGGGACCUGCUUUCUAGAGCCUCUCCGGGGAACACAGCGUCAGGUACUGCAGCUGAGCCUACUGCGUCUGCUCCUCUUCAAACUGCUUCUGCUGGAUGUGCUCCUGACCUGCGGCCGCCUCUGUGUGCUGGCGGGCCAGCCCUCAUGGGAGUCCCUGCCCCCCACCCAUGGAAUCUGGACCUAG